GGUGCCUCACCUUCUUUCUGCUUGAGAUGGAUGCUCACUUUCCCAUCGAUACCUGAAUGUCCCUCACGAAUCUCUAGUCUAGGAUCUGAAGGCCCUCGGUGUGAUAGAUAGUGGAGUCAGUCCUCCUGUCAUCAGCAGGUGACUGUGUGCUCACCCGGGCCACAGCCAGGGCUGCCUGCUGACUUCCCGCCCUGCCUCUGCUCCUCUCUCCCUGCUGCCUGCCCACCUGCCUGCUCCUGCCCUUCCAGAGUGGCCUACCUCUGCUCCUGGCACCUUCCCCCGCCUUGCCACCUUGCGCCUUCCCUGAGGACAUUAAGGCAUCCGAGUGUGCAGGAGCAGACAUUACCACCCUGGAGGGAUAUUUACUUCCAAUUGAGAGGCCACUCAAAUAACAAAAAUAAAUGGGCUGGGAUGGUGAGUUCACACAGGAAGUCAGUAUUGGUAGAAAGGGGAGGUGACACUUGGCUUCACUAAUUAUUAAGGAAAUGAAAAUUAAUCUGUAUCUGUUAAAGGAGCCCUAAUGAGAAGAUGCUGCAGGCAUUCAGCUGUCCCUCUUGUGUGAAUUCUGCCUCCUUUGGGAAAGCCCUUUGGCAAAUGGUUUUGGGAGGUGUUUUUUGUUCAUUUGCUUGGUUUGGUUGAUUUUAAACUGGGAAUGAAUCCCAAGGGAGAUAUACAAAGGAGGAAGGGGCUGCGGAUGUGCCAGGCUGUUUUUGACAGCAGAAGGCUGUGCAUGGCCCUUAGGCUUUCUGACCUGUUGAGCUUCCCCAAAGUCCCCCUUGAGGGCAGCGCCUGGGAGUGGCUCAGAGGCCUCCCCACCCGCAAGGCAUGGCAGUGUGUCUGCUGUGAUCUUGAGUGAGUGUAUUUUCAGACAGACAGGUGCCAAUGCUCAGUGACCUUGCCAUUGCGGCUGGAGAAGGGGGCAGAUCCAGAAGGAUGAGACCCCAGGGCGGUCCUGAACAUCCAGGCAGCAGGGGCAGAAGAGGACAUAGCAUUUCCCAUUGGGCCAAGAGCCUGAGAGCCUCCUUGAAGCUGAAGGUCUCUAUGCACACACACCCAAGCAGGCCUUACCCACUCCCCACCCUUGUGCAACUUCCAGGAGGGUCUCCGGCUUUGUGAGGUCUAUGGCGCCAGCUUGCUGCCAGCCCCCAGGGUUGCUCAGGUGUUCUGCUCCCCACCCCCACCACCCCCAGUCUGGCAGCAGGACAGUGUCUGCCCAAGGACAAGGACAUUCUGUGCUGCCGGCUCGCUCUGCAGGGACUGCUGGUUCAGGAGUGUGUGAGGACCCAGGGCUCUAAAUAUACCAGGGUGACGUCACUGGGGUGGAGACAGGCCAUGUGGCAAACCCAGGACCCUGCAGGGCCAGAAUCCCAGGGCUGGGGACAGGGAACGGGUGGCCUCACUGUCCCUGUGGGACCGGUCUCUUCACUGCCCAGUCUCAUCUGCACUGAAUCCCUGCCUGUGGCAUGUAUAGAGAUCCGGAACAUGGUGGCGGUGCAGGAGGUCAUCUCCAGCCUGGAGAAAUACCCCAUUACCAAAGAGGCACUAGAGGAAACGCGACUUGGGAAGCUCAUCAACGACGUCCGCAAGAAAACGAAGAAUGAGGAGCUCGCCAAGCGGGCCAAGAAGCUGCUGCGGAGCUGGCAGAAGCUCAUCGAGCCUGUGCAUCAGAAUGAGGCUGCGCUGCGGGGGCUGGCAGGCGCCGCCGGCUCAGCCAACGGGGGUGCCCAUAACUGCCGGCCCGAGGCAGGGGCGGCUGGCCCGCCCAAGAGCAUCCACGACCUGAAGAACCGCAACGACAUCCAGAGGCUGCCCGGACAGCGGCUGGACAGGCUGGGCAGCCGCAAGCGCCGAGGGGACCAGCGUGACCUCGGCCACCCUGGACCACCACCCAAGGUCUCCAAAGGGAGCCAUGACUCCCUGGUACCCAACUCAUCCCCCCUCCCCACCAACGGAAUCAGCGGGAGCCCUGAGAGCUUCCCCAGUUCCCUGGACGGCAGCGGGCACGUGGGCCCUGAGGGCAGCUGCCUAGAGCAUGGCGAGAACGACAAGCACAGCGGCAAGAUCCCCGUCAAUGCCGUGAGGCCGCACACCAGCUCCCCGGGCCUGGGCAAGCCCCCCGGGCCCUGCCUGCAGACGAAGGCAGCAGUGCUGCAGCAGCUGGACAGGAUGGACGAGACUCCAGGCCCCCCACACCCCAAGGGGCCGCCUCGCUGCUCUUUCAGUCCCCGGAACUCACGGCACGAGGGCUCCUUUGCUCGGCAGCGGAGCCCGUACACAUACAAGGGCUCCGUGCCCAGCCCCUCGCCUCGACCCCAAUCGCUUGAUGUCACGCAGGUGCCAUCACCGCUUCCGCUGGCCCAGCCGUCCACGCCCCCGGUGCGGCGACUGGAGCUGCUGCCCAGUGCAGAGAGCCCUGUGCGCUGGCUGGAGCAGCCUGAGGGCCACCAGCGGCUCUCAGGGUCGGGCUGCAAGGCGGGGCUGCCCCUGGCGGAGCCCCUCCUGCCCCGGGCAGGCUUCUCCCCGGACUCCUCCAAGGCGGACAGCGAUGCUGCCUCCUCUGGUGGCUCGGACAGCAAAAAGAAGAAGAGGUACCGACCUCGUGACUAUACGGUUAACUUGGACGGGCAGGUGGCCGAGGUGGGCGUCAAGCCUGUCCGGUUAAAAGAGCGGAAGCUCACCUUUGACCCCAUGACAAGACAGAUCAAACCUCUGACCCAGAAAGAGCCAGUGCGGGCCGAUAGCCCUGUGCACACGGAGCAGCCCAGGACAGAGCUGGACAAGCCCGAGGCCAAGGCCAGCCUCCAGAGCCCCUUUGAGCAGACAAACUGGAAGGAGCUGUCACGCAACGAGAUCAUCCAGUCCUACCUGAGCCGGCAGAGCAGCCUGCUCUCGUCGUCGGGCGCGCAGACCCCGGGGGCUCACCACUUCAUGUCUGAGUACCUGAAGCAGGAGGAGAGCACUCGGCGAGGGGCCCGGAAGCCGCACGUGCUGGUGCCUCACGGUCCGCCCACUGACCUCCCAGGGCUGAGCCGUGAGGUCACACAGGAUGAUCUGAACAGAAUCCAGGCCCACCAGUGGCCAGGGGUGAACGGGUGUCAGGACACACAGGGUAACUGGUAUGACUGGACACAGUGCAUAUCGCUCGACCCGCACGGCGACGACGGGCGGUUGAACAUUCUGCCUUAUGUCUGCUUGGACUGACCGGCCUGUCGGUCUCUAAGUGCAUUCCCACCUCACAGUCAGCCGUGGAGGGCGGGCGGCCGGCCGGCCAGGGCCCAGCCGCCUUCAGUGGUUGGGAAUCCAGGGAGUCCGGCCCGGGG